AUGCUGCCUCAGUGCAGGUGGCCCCUUUUAGUUGUACUACUCGUCGUCGUAGCAGCCGAAAGCGUCGAGGAUGCGUCGUUCAUCGACUCGUUCAAGACGAUGUUCUUCGGAAAUGAGCCCCAGCGGGCACCAAACGACACUGCUACGCUGAAUAACCCUCCGAUCAGUUAUCACCAAUAUUCGGCAUCUGCCACGUGUGAGUCAUUGAAAAAUUGAGGCAAAAAACGAGAAAAAGUGAUUUUGCGUUCGGGGGGAAUCGAACCCCCGUCGAAUGCUUGGAAGGCAUCCAUGCUGACCAUUACACCACGAACGCGGCACGGCGUCCCAGGGCGUGAGGGUAAUGACAUUAUUGCUUGCAGCCAGUCGCUCGCAGCCGCCAUCCGGCCAAUCGUGUACUCUUCCCCGCCAAAUCGGAACUGGACCCUACCGAAUUCCGAGAUGGUUCGUCCAUUUUUAUCGUUUUCGAUUGGAUUUUUCGGUUUUUAGGUACUAUAACCCUGUGCGUGGGCGCUGCGAGCUCUUCUACUGGUCCGGAUGCUGUGGAAACGGAAACAAUUUCCAAACUUUCCAAACGUGCCAAUCGACCUGCGAAGGUAAGCCGUUUUUUGGGUUCUUAAAGUGUUUUGGUACGAUUAUAUAGUCGGAAAUUUGCGAUGUUACCUUAAAAUUCAGAAUUUUUUCUGAGAAAGAGUGUGAAAAAAGUUUGGAAGCCAAAAGGUACGCUGAAAAUUCAAUUGAAUUUUUUCACAAAUCACCAGUAGUUUCCCGAUAUUGUCCACUCAAUUUCGGUCAUUUUAAGCGAAAACUGGGUGCUGUAGCAUUUUUUUGAAAUUUGCUAUGAUUUUUUAAAGUUGACACUAAAGUUGAACAUUUUCACUAACAACCAGUUGUAAGAAUACGCUCUGUCUGGGAAUCAUUUUUCAGGAUGACGUAUUCAAUAUUUACAGAUUUGAAAAAGGGAAAAAAGUUUCGACAAUUUCUAGCAUCCUCCUCCUCUUCCGUACCUUCUUCUCCAUCUCUAUCACCCUCUUCCUCGUCAUCCCAAAUAGUGUUCUCGACUCCACAACUGUCGGUUUUCCAACCGUCAAGCACCCAAAUCGACGUGUUGUUCCAACCGAACCUGCUCCUCAACAACCAUUACCUCUCGAUGCCGCCCGUCCUCUGCCCGUGCUGUCUCCGACCGUAUUCCGAGGGUUACGGUGGUCAGAACCUGCUCCGCUUCUACUACGACGCGCCGAGCAAGUCGUGUCGUCAGUUCAUCUACCGCGGGCUCGGCGGCUACGGUAAUCAGUUCGAGACGGAGGCCAAGUGUCGCAACUCGUGCGCAGUCACCGAUUCGGGCGGCCCGCAGACGUUGGCCACCCCGCCGCCCACGCGUUUCGUCACGUCAUCAUCAUCGUUGCCGACGACGAGCACUUCGACUUCUCUUCCGCCAGUCGUCUAUGUGUCCACAGGUUCAGAGUCUGACUCGUUUGUGCUGGCUUCCGCUUUUCCUUCGGCUUCCUCGAAAUGUGUGUCUGCGUGUGAUAUGUGUGCACUUCCCUGAACAGAAAAAAUGACAUUUGACCUACUUUCUAGAGAUUUGACCUACUUUCUAGAGAUUUGACCUACUUUCUACGAAUUUGACCUACUUUCUAGGGAUUUGACCUACUUUCUAGGGAUUUGACCUAUUUCUAGGGAUUUGACCUACUUUCUAGGGAUUUGACCUACUUUCUAGGGAUUUGACCUACUUUCUACGGAUUUGACCUACUUUCUAGGAUUUGACCUACUUUCUAGGGAUUUGACCUACUUUCUAGGGAUUUGACCUACAGCAUCAAAAACUUUAAAAAUGUUAAAAUUCCGCUUUUUUGCGUGUUAUCCAUGCGUUUUUUGCGUGCCCCCCAUUGCUUUUCAUCAAAAUUACCCUCCCCCCAACUGUGUGGUGCCGUGUUUUCAGUCGAUCCGUGCUCACAAGACAAGGAGCCCGGCGUGGGCGCCGUCCAGCUGCCCCGAUUUUUCUUCAACAAAGAAACCCGGAUCUGCGAGCAGUUCACCUACUUUGGCUCGGGCGGAAAUCGCAACAACUUCCAGACGCUGGAAGAGUGUCAGGCGCAGUGUCCAGGUUUGAAAACGAUGAUGAUGCACGGCUUCUAUGGAAAUCAAGUGGAAUGGAGUCGGGAUGCAUGCCACUGGAGUUUGUAUGCUUUUAGUUGGAUUUAACACACUAAAAUUGGGUCAGAAAGCAACGUUCUGUCUUAAAACAUGUCUUGAAACAAGUUUUCGGUCUGGAAAUCGUUCCAAAACAGUUCUUAAACACUUUUUGCGACAAAAAAAUGUUUGACUAACCACCCCGUUCACUUUCAACUCCAAAUGUUUCACUUCACGCUCUCCGGUUACGGUUUUACGGUAGCUUCUUAUCUCAAUUCCUCAUUUCUCCGGGACUUUUCCUCAAUUUUAUCCAACGGUGUCGGCCAGUGAACAAGCAUGUGCAAAAGCAAAGCAAGGGAUCCCUUUUUCUUUUGGAGCGGCUCUCUUUUGCAUCGUCUCUAACCGAUCGCAUCAUUUUCAGAGACGCCGAACCCGUGCGCGGUGAGCAGCGGAGCCAGUCUUGCUCCGUGCGCGCCCGGGACAGGGAUGCGGCACCGGAAGCUAUUGCCACGUGGGCGCACAGUCCCAGACGACCGUGUGUUGUCCGAAGCCGGCCGCCGUCGACCGCUGCCAACAGCCACUCAAUAUCGGCAUCGGAAACUCGAACCUUCAGAGGUACCCUAGUUUUACCUACUUUCAUCUACUUUGCCAUUUUCAGAUGGUACUUCAACCCGCUCACUCAACAAUGUCAAUCGUGCACCUACCGCGGACUUCAGGGAAAUGAGAACAACUUUUUGUCGCAAAACGAGUGCGAACAGUCGUGUUUGGGUCAGUUUUACCCGCUUUUUUUCGGAGUUUUGACGAAAUCGAGCGUUUCAGUGAACCCCUGCAAAAUCGGCUCCCCGUACCGCUCCCAAGGAAUCACGGUCCAAUGCUCGGCGUCGAGCCCGACAGUCUGCCGGCCGGAUACUAUUGUCACAUUGGAGCCGAUCAGACGACCUCUGUCUGCUGUCAGGCUCUCGGUACGAGAUAUUAUCGACAAAAACAUUUAUUCUGACGUUUUAGAAUUUUCGGUCAAACUAACCACCUCCAAAGUGUGUUCUAAUCGCUUGACACAAAGAUUCUUCCCCGCCACGUUUCUGUGCAUAACACAUGUACUUUUUCGUGUCUCGACUAACCACCCCCCUCUAAUUUUUGGUGCAAUUAUUUUCAGGGCGGUGAAUGGAAAGAAUGUGAUACUUGGUUCUCGGGUUACGGUACUUUUGUUUCUGCAAAUGGUGGGUUCUCGUCGUGAUUGUGUGGUGAAAUGGCAUGUGCUAGAAAGUCUUUUUAGAUCCCUAAACAACACGUUGUUUCUCGAUUCCAGAGUGUUUUUUGCUGUUCAACCCGAAUUUUCUUCGAAAAAUGAGCUCUAACUUCAGGAAAUUCGCCAUGCGAGGAGGAAAUGACGCAGGGCGAGGGAACCGCCGCACUGACCCGAUUCUAUUACGAUGCCACGCAGAGAAAGUGUUUGGCGUUCAAUUAUUUGGGAUUGAAGGGAAAUCGGAACAAUUUCCAGUCCAAGGAACACUGCGAAGUGAGCUUUGACCCACUUUCUAGGGAUUUUACCAACUUUUUCUCAACAUUUUUUGCAGAGCACGUGCCCGGUGUGGAUCAAUCCGUGCGCGAUCGGUCAACCGAUAAUGUCGGUGGAGCAGCGUCCGUUCCAGUGCCAUCAGGGCGCGCCGUGCUCGACCGGCUACUUUUGCCACCUCGGAUUCGACGACGCGACGACCGUCUGCUGCCAGUCGGAAGGCGAUCCGUGCUCGCUCGUCGUCAAGGAGGGACACGGCAACCAUCAUCUGUCGCGGUGGUUCUACAAUCAAAAGACGCGACAGUGCCAGCCGUUCACCUACACGGGCACCGCCGGAAACGAGAAUAACUUUUUGCUCCGCGAGCACUGCGAGGCCACGUGUCCCGUCUGGAUCAACGCGUGCCCGUCCGGCGAGCCGUACCUUUUGCCCAACGGAAAACCACAGCCGUGCGAGUCGGACAACACCAACUCGUGCCCGCUCACUCAUUGGUGCCAUCCGGGUCCGGACGCGUCGACCACUAUGUGCUGUCCGGGAAGAGUGGAUCCGUGCACGCAGACGCUCGCUCAAGGAGAGGGUCCUCUCAGUGUGACCAGGUACUUUCCCCGCUAAAAUGCCGAAUUGACUCCUUUUUUCCAGAUUCUAUUUCAAUGCCCAAUCGCGUACUUGCGAUGAAUUCAUGUUCCGCGGGCUCAAAGGAAACGCCAACAACUUCAAAUCGCUGGCGGAGUGUGAACGUCUGUGUCCGGUUCAGCAAAACCCGUGCCCGAUCACCAUGUCCUCACUGAAACACUCGGUACGGCUACAUUGACCCUUUUAGAACUUUGAAAAUCACUUUGCAAUUUCGCUCUGAAAAAAAAACGGCUCCUAGGAUCAGGUUCUGAUUAGAAUUUGAGAAUAUUUAGUGGGUUUUUAUUAAAAAAAAAUUGAAUUUCAGGCCAAACUCGCCCCAUGCUCCGCCACAAAAUCGUGCCCAUCCCAACAGUGGUGCCACUACGGAGAGACCAAGGAGACGACGGUGUGCUGUCCGAACGGUCAGUCUACACGAUUCAUUUUCCGCGAGAAAAGCGAUAUGAUAUGA